AUGGAAGCUCCGUUUUCAGCCCAUUCUAAACCUCGCCCCUGUCUCCAGUCAAAGAUGAAACCACUCAACCCUCAGGACCUUGUUUCUAAAUUUUGGUCCGAGUAUCAUUCUACAGCUCUGGGCAAAGUCACCUCCAUUUUCCCGCUGAGCCUCCACGAGUCGCUCCUAGGAGACGACAUAUCUCCUUACAACACGUCCGAAGGAGCCCAAACAUACGAAGAAGCAGCCCAGCGAUGUCGAUCUAAUGUAAAAGCCAUUUCCAGAGAGUGCGAGCGUACCAACUGCAAGUUCAGCGAUCCAGAAUUUGACAUCGAAAGCGAUUUUUCCGCCUGCGCUGACAACUGUCUGUUCGGCAUUGUGAGAGCCUGUGACAGUGGUGAUGAUGGUGAUGAUGACGAUGAUGGUCGACCUUUAAAGCCAGGUUCGGUUCAUCGUAUACCCUGGAUCUUUGAGAAGCCACAAUUCACCAUCAGUGACUUCUCCUCAGAUCUAAUACAAGGAGCCAGCAGGAACUGUUGGUGGCUUGCGGCGUUAGCAACUAUCAACUGUCGGAAGGACUUGAUGGAAAGGAUAUGUGUCGCCCGAGAUGAAGAGUGUGGUGUCUAUGGGUUUGUCUUUUACCGCGACGGGGAGUGGAUCUCAACAGUCGUGGAUGACAACCUAUAUCUCACGCAGGAGGAUUUUGAUCAGGAGAUAUAUGACGCUGCAGGCAAGAAGGCUAAGCUCUACAAGAAGCAGAAACAGUCAGGUUCAGACGCCCUCUUCUUCGCCAAGUGUGGAGAUGCCAAUGAGACCUGGCUGCCAUUGCUCGAGAAAGCGUUUGCUAAAAUCCACGGUGACUAUGAAGCGCUGGACGGUGGAUGGGCUGGUACAGCAGUUGAAGAUCUUACUGGCGGCGUCACUACUGUUCUUGCGGGUGAUAGGGUGCUUCGUAAGGAACGACUCUGGCGUGAAAUGGUGGGUAUGGGGGAAGGAGACUUUGUUUUCAAUCUAUCUGUGGGUAGUCAAGGUGACAAGCAUAGGAAUGGCCUUAUCUUGGGGCAUGACUAUUCUGUUCUUGAAGCUACAGAGGUGGAAGAUGAACUGGGAAAUAAGGUUUCCCUAGUGAAGAUCAGAAACCCUUGGGGCGAAAGGUGUGCAAGUGGCCAUGGAGAGUGGAACGGCCCGUGGUCUGAUGGCUCCGAGGAAUGGACAUCAUUUAUGAUGGAGAAGCUCCGGCAUAAAUUCAGUGAUAACGGCACCUUCUGGAUGUCCUUCCAUGACAUGCUAGAUAAUUUCCGUUGGAUUUAUAGGACUCGUCUCUUUGAUGAGGGCUGGAUCACAGCCCAACGAUGGAUGAGUGUCAAUGUACCAUGGCUAGGUGGCUACCUUGAUAAGAGGUUUGUUAUUGAAGUUCAAAAGGAGGGGAUGGUAGUCAUUGUUCUAUCCCAGUUGGAUGACCGAUACUUUCAAGGCCUUAAAGGACGGUACGAGUUCACCCUCCAUUUUACCCUGAGGUCUCUAGGAGGCAGGACGGCGAUUUGCCAAGUGCAAGCAGCCCCCCAAUGGAAUACACGGUCGGUGAAUUGUGAAAUCACACUUAAGCCUGGGAAAUACGAAGUUAUCCCCAACAUUGUUGCCGAGCAAGACGAGCAAGACAUGUCCGUCGAGAGAAUGAUACGUUUGGCCGCACUUACGAAUCCUUCGAAGCUCAGACAACUCGGAAAGCAAUAUGAUCGUGCUCAUGCUAAAGCAGGAAUCGCAGAUAACGAGAUAUCGUAUGACAGAAAGGAGGGCGGACCGGAGAGGAAGUCUGGGCUACCGGAGAUUAUACCUAAGCCAGUGGCAGAUACAUCCGGGUCAAAGGCCGAAGCCGAGUCCCUAUGCUCCAAUGCUAAUUCAGAUAGCGACUCUGACUCUUCUCAACAGCAGCCGUGGAACGCGGUAUGCAUUGUUGGCUUACGCACCUAUACCCAACAAGCAGGUAUCACGAUCAGCCUCGAGGGCGAUGAGGGGCAACGUAGCCAUGGUUACAGAAGGUGUUAA